CAAGCCUGAGUGUGGCAGCCAAGUUGGAAGCUCAUAUUAUUGGCAAAUGUCAAACUCUUGUGCUUUUUUGAUCUUAUUAAUUCUAUCACAUAGCCUGCCUCUUUCUUCUGAAGAUGAUAGUAACCAGCCUAUUUGUCCGAGCUCAUUUGAGUGUCAAAACCUUGGCUACUUACGCUUUCCGUUCUAUAGUUCCGAGAAUUCAGCAUGUGGAUUGUCCAAGGUAUACUGCAAUGAAUCAAAUCCUAAGAUUCAACUUAGAGACAACUACCCAUCCUAUGAUCUUAUUCAGGUCACGUUUGGCGGUAGUGAUACUGUUCUAGUUCGAGAUAAUGCUUUUGCAAAUCAGAUAAAUAAUCGAAGUUGUGAUUCAUUGAUGUAUAAUUUUCCUUCCAACUCAUCCUCUAUCUCUUAUAUCAGCCAUCCUCCCACCAUCACCGUAUUAAGGUGUGAAAAGAGUCCAGGAAACAUAGAUGAGUAUUUUGAGAAGGAAGGUGAAUAUUACAGUUUUAAGAGAUGCAAUGAUUAUGACUAUUAUUACACAUAUUCCAAUGGUUAUAUUACAGCCAACCCCGAUGUACCGACUCGGUGCUCAGUGAUUCGUCUGCCAGGUAAUUCUCCAUCUAUGGGUCCAACAGCAAACGUUACAAAUUUCAACGAUCUGUUUACUCUGUUAAGACCCGAUCUUAAUCUUGAACUGCAAGUAUCGGAAGUCUGUCAGGAGUGUUACCGGAUAGGGGGGCAAUGCUCGAAUGACAACCGAGAGUUUCAGUGUGCAUACACUAGUCGCAUCAUGAGGAAAGAAAAUCGAAGAAGCACUGUGAUCAAAUCUGCACUAGCAACUUUUGGAAUUGGGACAGUAAUUAUCUUGAUCUUGCUGAUCAUUUGCUUCAGAUUCAAGAUCUUCUCUAGAUAUGACACAGAAAAGUAUAUCAAUCUGGAAACCUUCAUAAAAAAUCAUGAAGCUCUUGCUCCAAAAAGGUACUCUUAUUCAGAUUUGAAAAAGAUGACUGAAUCCUUCAAAGUCAAAAUAGGCGAAGGAGGUUAUGGUUCUGUGUACCGAGGAGCGUUACACAAUGGUAACUUAGUUGCGGUCAAAGUUCUGAACGAAUUAAAAGGAAAUGGAGAAGAUUUAGUGAAUGAACUCGCAAGCAUUAGCAAGACCUCUCAUGUUAACAUAGUAAGUCUAUUGGGAUUCUGUUUUGAGGGCCGUCACCGAGCUUUGAUUUAUGAGUACAUGCCUAACGGAUCCCUAGAGAAAUUCGUUUAUAAUCGAGGUUCGGCAAUAGGUAGCCAACUAGAAUGGCAGAAACUAUAUGAAAUUGUAGUUGGCAUUGGUCGAGGAUUAGAGUACUUGCAUCGCGGUUGUAACACCCAAAUUCUACAUUUUGACAUAAAACCCCAUAAUAUUCUCUUAGAUAAAGAUUUCUGUCCUAAGAUAUCUGAUUUUGGGCUCGCUAAGUUAUGUCCUGAAAAAAGAAGUGUCAUUUCUAUGUCGGGUAUGAGAGGGACUCCGGGAUAUAUUGCACCGGAAGUAUUCUCUAGAAACUUUGGAGGGGUUUCUCACAAGUCGGAUGUGUACAGUUACGGGAUGAUGGUAUUAGAAAUGGUCGGAGGGCGAAGGAAUGCUGUGGUUGAAGUUAAUGACACUAGUAACAUGUUCUUCUCCCAUUGGGUAUAUAAACAACUUGUGUCGAACAAAAAUCUUGGAUUGAGCGGGAUUUUGAACGAGGAGGAUAAAGAACGAGUAACGAAGAUGGUUUUCGUAAGCUUAUGGUGCAUACAAGGCGAUCCUUCAAGUAGACCAUCAAUGAGUAAGGUGUUGGAUAUGUUAGAAGGAGAUUUAGAGUCCAUACAAAUUCCUCCUAAACCCUUCUUGUUUUCCCCUCCAAAAUCACCAGAUUCCCACCAUUGAAUCGCUAUGAUUCAUGGUUAGAAUUGAAU